UGGUCCCCCCAGGCCCUGGGUUCUCUCUGCCCCACCCGGAGGUCCCAGUGUUGAUCCCCCCCAGCCCGGCAGUCCUGUCCCCAGCGGCCCCCCCAGCCCGCAGGUUUCUGCCCCCCAUUGCCUCAGCACCCUUCCGCUUGCAGAGAGCAGUGGGGUCAGCCCAGCCCCCACGACACACCGACCCGAGGGCCCAAGGAGGGGACAAGGACCCAGGUCACCCCCCAGCUAUGCCUGGGCAGGGGGAUACCCUGCCUGGGGGCCAUAAGCAGACGUCCCCAGGGGUGACCCUCACCGACAGCCUCAUCUCCACGAGGAACCUGCCUCGGCUGGUGGAGCCCCCACACCUGGAGAGCCGAUCCAUGGAGCUGCUGUCCCCCUCGACCGUCCGCUUGGACCGGGAGAACAUCUGCGCUAUCGGGAGGCUCCAGAGCCUGCGGGAGAUUCACAGCCUCUACCUGCAGCAGAACCAAAUUGAGAAGAUCGAGAAUCUGGGCUGCUUUCCCAACUUGAGGUUCCUCUCCCUGGCUGGAAACCGCAUCCGCAGAGUGGAGAACCUGCUGCCCCUGCAACACCUGCGUGUCCUGGACUUGUCCCACAACCAGAUCCAGACGCUGGACCCAGACGAGCUGCCCCGCAGCCUCCGUCUCCUCAACUUAACAGGAAAUGAAUGCACCCGCCAGCACGGAUACAGAGAGCUGGUGGUGAGAGCCCUGCCGCACCUCCUGCAGCUGGACGCCCAGGAUGUCCAUGGCAGCAUGGGUGAGGAAGAGGAGGAAGGAGGUUCUUCCAGCAGUGAGGAUGAAGACAAAGAGUUGUGCUCUGAGCCGAGCGGCCCUUUCACUGCAGGCAAAGAUUUCUUUGCGGAUCUGCACUGGGAGCUGGCUGGGCGCUCACGGCGGAGGCGGAGGGAGGCCCUGGAGGAACACCAGACCCGUCUGGAAGAGCUGGAGGAGCUGCGGGAGCGUCGGGGUCUGCUGCUGCCUCCAGAACCGCUGGGCCCAGGCAGGGAGGGAGCAGCCUGCCUCAUGGCCCCAGGCCCCAGGCGGUCUCAGCCCCGUCCCCAAGCAAAACUGGGGACGCAGCUGCCACCCCUGCCCGGACCCAGUGGGCAGCAUGCCUGCCCACAGCCCCAGCGAGCUCCUGGCAGGAGUCAGCCCCGGACCAAGGCUCUGGAGGAGGAGAUUCGCGCCAAAGGAGCAAGAAAUAGGCAGUUACCCCAAAUACCCCACACCAGCACGGCGCCGCGCAGUUGGGAUUAA